AGCUGAGUUACACACACUGACUCCAUCAGUCCGAUUGCCCUCUUGUACACAGAAAGAACAGCGGAGGCGUCCCCAAGUUCUGCAAAACAAAGUCGCAAAUUCGCAAUUGUUGAAGAAAUCAGACAGUGUCAAGGCCAUUUUUGUGCUUGAAGCCCUUCCUUGACGUAUCCACUUGGCAUCAUCAUGCAGCCUUCAUUCAAAGAACGCCGGACCUUUGCUCUUCGUUUGAAGGAUGCAGAAACCAUUCGUGAGCAACACCCGACCAAGAUCCCGGUGAUCAUUGAGCGGUACACGGGUGAGAAGCAAUUGCCCAUCUUGGACAAGACCAAGUACCUCAUUCCCGACCAUGUGACCGUAGGGGAACUGGUGAACAUUAUCAGGCGACGACUGGAAUUGCAUCCGAACCAGGCCAUUUUCUUACUAGUCAACCAAACCACUCUGGCCUCUAUUUCGACGCCUCUGACCGACCUUUACAAUCGUGAGAAGGACGAGGACGGGUUCUUGUACAUUGUGUAUGCGUCUCAGGAGACUUUCGGAUAAGAACAACGUACAUUUGUGAUAGAGACGGAAUGAUACGGAAUCGUUAAGAUGUGCUUAAAUCUCACCGACACAACACACACACACAACUCCCUCGACCCGCCCAUUUUCAUCCCUUUUGAAUAUGAUAAUAUCAAUAGCAAUGGUACCGCCUAGUUUGAAUUCAAGGUAAGGCCGGAGAAAGUUUCACCAACACCCCUAUUCCAUCGAGCUCAAAAUCCGCCCGCAAAAAAAAAAUCGUCAAGUACAAAUCACCAUCUCGCUUUUUGUUCAUAGUAAUUUAUCCUUGCUCUUCAUCUUUCUCCUCCUCUAUCCAUUGUGUGUUCGUAUAAUUGUCUAGUGUAACUGAGCUUACGAGAGAAUAUUGUAUCCGAUUUCAAUCCCUGUCAGAACUGCAUUAUCAGUAUCAACACAUCCCCCCCCCCGCCCAACUUUGCCUAUCUCGUGUUGGAUGUUAUCUGUGGAUUACAUAUAACAUUAUUAAUAUUGAACCAAAUUGUGUGCGGGUGCAAAAGAAUGAGAGAUAACUUCUCUUCAUAUGAAUGCCAACUAGAUCUUUCAUCCUUCAAAUAGAUUUGAAAACAGUCCCCAAUAAGCCCUUGUACAACCCCCAUCUCAAACUCCUUAAGCCAUCUGUCUAGUUUCUAUUUUUAAUUGUCAGAAUAUCAAAACAAAAAAAAAACCAAAAACCAUUGUUGUGAGUAGGGUUUAAGGGAUUUCGAAGAGGAAUAAAAGCACCUUGAAUAAAUAUUCUUCAAAAAUA